CUUUUCCACAAUCCGUCCGUCGAAUAAUGGUUGACUAUAUACUACACAGAUCCAACGGUUACACGAAGAGAUACUACCUCCCCUAUAAAAUCAUUAAAAUGGCAGUGCUUGUGGCCCUUCUUGCCAACUCUUAUACAACCCCUCCGGCUCUCCGGUCAUCACAGGGUCGUAUUCUCCGAUUGAAAAUGAUAGAUUUGUUAUGUAGGGUGGGCUCGGCUGUUUUCACCAUUUUUCAAUGUGUGAUCGAUGUAUGUUAUCUCUUAGGCACAAAUUCCAAGGGAAAUAACUAUCCAACUGUUAGCGAGGAAUACCAAAAGGCUGUUGAAAAGGCCAGGAGGAAGCUCAGAGGACUUAUUGCAGACAAGAAAUGUGCUCCUUUGAUGCUCCGUCUUGCAUGGCACUCUGCUGGUACCUAUGAUGUGAAGACAAAAACCGGAGGUCCUUUCGGCACCAUGCAAUACAAUCUUGAGCUAAGCCAUGCUGCCAACAAUGGCCUUGGCAUCGCUUUCAGCCUACUUGAGCCUAUUAAGGAACAAUUCCCCAUCAUCUCAUAUGGUGAUUUCUAUCAGGUAAUAAAGAAAUUGAUUGAAAAACUUAUUCUCAUUGAUAUCCCACGAUGGGUAUAA